AUGUCCAGCGCCCCGGAGGCUUGCGAAACUGGUGUGACUGUCGAUGUAGUAUCAAUCGAGACCAAGGAAGCCCCUUUGGCUUCCGGCGUCUCGGAAUCAAGUCCUAUCUCCUGCCAUGAGACCGAACCCACCGACUCGCCGGUGCCCGCUGACGAGGCAGCCACUGAGACGAACGCCGUGGUCUUGGGUCGAGAGGUUUCGAACUCGCUCGCCCCACCCCAGACUCUUACCACAGAGGAGCCUCUUACCACAGAGGAGCCUCUUACCACAGAGGAGCCUCUUACCACAGAGGAGCCUCUUACCACUGAAGCUCCCAAUGGGGACGCGACGGAGGUGCAGGCUGAAGCUGACCCCGAAGCGGAAGUGGUGGGGUGUGGUGGCGCUGAAGGAGUGGUCGGAAGCACGGCUGCGUCUACGGAGGCAGCGGUUUGUCCCGACCUUCUGGAGCAGACAGUGCAGGCACCCGAAGGGGAGCCCACCCCGCUGGUUUUGGAGGUAGGCACCGUGGAGCUUGAAGCAGAGCGCGUCGGUGAGGAACCUGCCCAGAACUUCGUUGCUGACCCGGCCGUGGAAAUGACCGCCGUCGGUGACGAAACCAUGGGCGGAGCCGCCGAAGGUGAAGGACUGGACGGCGCUCCCGUGAGGCAGGUUCCCGUAAAUGUUGCUGGCGAGGGACGCGUCGAGCAGGAGACUUCAGAGACUCCUGGCGAGGCUGUGACUGCGGUAGCCCUGACCGCCCAGACUGUGAUCGAUGCAGCUGUGAUCGACGAGCCGGGGAUGGAUGAGCCUGUAGCCGCUGACACAACGACCACCGAAUUGGAAGCCGAAGGGCAAGUUGAGGCAGCCGAUGCCGAGGCGGAACCAGAAGCGGAGUCUGUGACUGAGUCUCUGGCUGAAUCCCCUACGGAAGAAGCAGCUCCGGUGGAAGGCAAAGUGCCGACCAGUGCGGCUGAGCUGCCUGCCGCCGAUGAGGGGGAAGCAAAGUCGCAGCUGGAAGAGGCACCGGUCACCGACCAAGCGGCUGUUGGCGAGCCGGACGCAAUGGCAGUGGAAGGCGAAGACGAAGGCGGAGAGGAGGAACUGGAGGAGGAGUUGGAGGAAGAGCUGUUGCAGGACGAGCUGCAGGGCGGCGAAGAGGGGGUGGCCGUGCCGAAGAAGAGAACGAAGAAGUCAAAGCAGCGUGUCACGGAGUUCGUGAAGGACCCGGUGCCGAGCACGGCGGACGCGGCGAUCCACAUCUCGAAGGCGGACGUGAAUCCUGAGCAGCCUUCAGUGUUUGAGGCGCUACCGCGGGCUGAGAAGGUGGCGGACGUAUCCUACAGCGACACGGUGACUGUCGAGCAGGAGUCUUCAAUGUUCGAGAACCAGCCGGCGGCAUCGAAAGCAGACGUGACGGCGUAUCAGGAGCAAACGGCGGCCCAGCGCAAGGCAGUGUUCGCUUCGAGGGCUUCACCGAGCACGGCUGACGUCAGCUAUUCCAGUCCCUUGGUGGUAAAGUCGCACAGCUCCUUGUUCGUUAGCCCCCCGAAGGAAAGCACAGCCGACGCCGUCGCGUUUGGACCUAACAUGACCGAGAGUAUAACCUGCAAAGCUGUCUUCGAGAGCGCUCCUCGACCGAGUGUUGCGGCUGUCCGGGCCUGUGAUCCUGUCUCCACUUCCAUGGACGCGCCCGCUGUCUUCGAGAAGCUCCCCAGCGACCACAAGGCCAAUGUCAUCGCCGGACAAGGGGAGGAAAUGAAUGCCGCGCAGCUCAAGCAAAUCUUCGCCAAUAACCCUGCUCCCAGCAUGGCCCACGCGAAGGCCGGAGAAGACAUGGAGAAACCGGCUGGAGACGCCAACUACGUAUUCGAAGCCGCUCCCAGAGAAACUGGCGUCGCUGCCGCGAAAUGGUCGGACCCUGUCACUUGCAAGCCGACUGCGCAUGUCUUCGAGUCCAUGCCCGCCCCCAGCAAGGCCGACGCGGCCGCUAACCGAGAUAUUGAAAGCAGCAGCGAAGAAACCGACAGCGAGUAA